UCUCACUUGAUGCUCCCCGCAAUACACAGAUACAAGUUUAAACAAGUACACACAGCAUAACCUUGAAGACUACUCGUCUACUCUCCUCCCACACGGGUCGCAGAUCGAUCUCUGCUACUUGACAUCGCAAGGCCCCUGAUUUUAUAAUUCUCACUGUGUAUUUUGCACAAUUAGUGGGUGCAGUUAGUAGUAUGAUGGCACGUUUGCUUUCUACCUCAUGUCCUUUAGAUAUUGCUUCCAGCAGCAGGUCAUACUACAAACCAUCAAACCAAGGCUCAAUUUCACUCUCUUCAUCUCUUAGUUUGCGUAUUUCUUGCCUGCCAUUGAAGAGGCUUUCUAUCCAUGGAAAAAAGUCACAAAGACGCUGUACCAUAUAUACAGCAGCUGUUUCCACGAGCCAAGAAGCCAAAACCGAACCUGGUACUGGUUCUUACCGUAGUUCGAGUGAAGCUUCCACUCCAAAGAAGGUCAUGGUAAUUGGUGGUGACGGAUACUGUGGUUGGGCUACUUCCCUUCACCUGUCCAACAAAAAUUACGAAGUUGCCAUUGUUGACAACCUUGUUCGUCGCCUUUUCGACCACCAGCUUGGCCUUGAUUCUCUCACACCUAUCUCGUCUAUCCAUAACCGGAUCAGGCGUUGGAAGUCUUUAACUGGUAAAGACAUUCAACUCUACGUUGGUGACAUAUGUGACUUUGAGUUCUUGUCUGAGGCCUUCAAGUCAUUGAAACCCGAUGCUGUUGUCCAUUUUGGAGAACAGAGGUCCGCUCCCUACUCCAUGAUCGAUCGGUCAAGAGCCAUAUUCACCCAACAGAACAAUGUGAUAGGGACACUUAAUGUUCUCUUUGCUAUAAAGGAGUUUAAAGGGGAUUGCCAUCUUGUAAAACUCGGAACCAUGGGCGAAUAUGGGACUCCAAAUAUAGAUAUCGAGGAGGGUUACAUAACAAUUACACACAAUGGCAGAACAGAUACUUUACCUUAUCCCAAGCAAGCAAGCUCCUUUUACCAUCUUAGCAAGGUCCAUGAUUCUCACAACAUUGCGUUUACUUGCAAAGCUUGGGGGAUUAGAGCCACUGAUCUAAAUCAGGGAGUGGUCUAUGGGCUUAGAACAGAUGAGACAGCGAUGCAUGAAGAGCUGUGUAACAGGCUUGAUUAUGAUGCAGUAUUUGGAACUGCAUUGAAUCGGUUCUGUGUCCAGGCUGCUGUUGAUCAUCCACUUACAGUCUAUGGCAAAGGGGGUCAGACGAGGGGGUAUUUGGACAUAAGAGACACAGUUCAAUGCGUUGAGCUUGCAAUUGCCAAUCCAGCCCAGCAAGGUGAAUUCCGGGUUUUUAACCAAUUCACUGAGCAGUUUUCGGUCAACCAGCUUGCCACCCUUGUUACCAAGGCAGGAGAGAAACUUGGCCUUCAAGUGCGAACCAUAUCCGUACCCAAUCCAAGAGUCGAGGCAGAGGAACAUUACUAUAAUGCCAAACAUACGAAGCUUGUUGAAUUGGGUCUCAAACCGCACCUUCUCUCAGAUUCUCUUCUUGACUCGUUACUCAACUUUGCUGUCCAGUACAAGGAUCGAGUUGACACUAAACAGAUAAUGCCAAGUGUUUCGUGGAGAAAAAUUGGAGUCAAGCCAAAGACUGUUUCUGCCUAAUGAAAACAAGCGGGUCUAGUGCAGUGCAUGUCUGAAUUAUCAUAUUCCCCAACUUUUACUCGUCAUUGAUGAUCUGCACGGUGCAAACUCCAGAGGAUUUAUUUAAUAUAACUGAAUUGUUGAAACUCCAUUCUAACUUGCUCUAUACUCAAUAUAUUAAUGGAUUUUAAACGACCAACUUGUAAUUCUGUCCAAACAAGCCUGGUUGUGGGCAAGAAAGGGUUUGAACAUCAGGAACUACUAGCACCAUUUUUAAGAGAUUAUUUAUUUUUCGA